AUGGUGAAGUACGCGAAACAAGUCAGAAAGGCAAGUUGGUGGGUCAUUAUUACGUCGAUUUUGCUCAUAAGUCUUGACAUCAUUGUCGUCACCAAUCAAGCACUAUUCGACUUCAUGCCCUCAUAUGGGAUAGGAAUGAUUGCAGGAUGUCUGGGAGUUCUAGCUGCAUUCCUUGGUCUAAGAGCGUCGAAGGAAAAGUCGGCCGUGAUAUUCUUUAGCAGCUUUAAAAGAGUCUCGAUUCUGGCUACUUUUGGUGCGAUUUGUGCAAUGGGAGGUGUACUUUGGCUUGGGAUUAUUUUCUCAAUUCAUACCGUUUGUUUGGAAAAAGUCGAUGUUCCGCUGCACUACGACUCGCUUUUUCUCAAUCAAACUUGCUACAACUUCGUGGACGACUGGACUUAUGAAAAUGAGACCAGCAUCGAUUCAACCGAUGAUGGAUCUGGAGAGUAUUCAGGCGACGGAUCCGGGGAAGAGAUUGACAUUUUCGAAGAGCGUUUUUCAAGGCCAGUUUCCUUGCACGUCGAAAUAUCUCAUACAAAGGAUGCUGUUUUUGCUGCGAAGAUAAUUCCGUGGAUCCUAUGGAAAGCCAGAGAACCUCCUAUGUGGAAUCUGACGCAGAUUCUCCGUCAAAUGACAGCUCGUCAGAGGAAGAUUCAGAUUCAGAAACCGAAGCUUAACCCAGCCAAAAAGCUGCGAUGUCGAUGGAAAUUUGAUGCCCAUCUGUAUCUGAAGACAAUUUGUCUCCCUCCUUUUUAA